AAAUAUGUAUCAUGAUCUUUUCCUUUAAACUGAGCUUGAAAAUGUGCUUGCUUCUUUUCAGCAUGCAAGAAAAUGAACGAUGCAGCAGCAGCUGUUAACGGGUCAGAUAAUGCGAAAAUGGAAAAUAAAACUGGAACAGCACAAGAUUCCCAGAGGUCUCGAUCGGGUGGUCUUCCUAGGCUAGCGUGCUUUACAUCUCCUACAAUUCAUAAAGCAAUAAACGCUUCACGUCUUCGUAUGCCAUCUCCGAGGAUUGGAUUCUUUGAUAUGGAGCCAGGAAGUGUACAUGACUUUUUUCGUUUUAAUGAAAGACAACUCCAGUCAUCUAAUCUUUCUGGUGUUUCCGCAAAAGUUGGAAAAACAGGGAAGAAGAACUGGGUCAACCUUAGUGGGCCGUCCAGAGACAGGCUGAGAAAGAUGUUAUCAUUUGAUGUUGAGUUGUAUGAUUGGGCUACACUGUGGCCAAUUUCUCUAAUGGAUGACCCGGUGGUUUAAGCACGUGUGUAGCGAACAA